UCUCGCCCGACUCGCCGCGCCGCCCGACAGGUUCUUGCUCCGCCGCGCCGCCCUCCGCCCGCACUUCCCUUGCCGCCGCCGCCCGCCCCGCCGCCCGCCUCGCCAUGGCCACGCCGGAGGAGGAGCCCGUCGCCGUCAGACAGCGGCUGGUCGAGGGCGAGAAGGCUGAGCUGGUUUCACCAGGCUCCGAAGUAGAGUCAGACGAUGAUCGGUUACCAGAGCAAAAUAUAGAAGACCGGACAAAGGCAAUCCCCCAAGGGACAGACCAAGAGCCGAACUUCCUGCACACUGUGCUCGCUCCGUUGCCACCAAGAUGGCGAAAUUGGGUGAUUCGUGGCAUCUUCACAUGGCUUAUGAUUGGCCUAUUUUGUGUGAUCAUCUAUGUUGGACCAUUGGCACUGAUGUUCACGACAUUGCUGGUGCAAGUGUGGUGCUUCAAAGAGAUCAUCAACAUUGGCUACUCUGUCUACCGCAUGCACGGCCUCCCUUGGUUUAGAUCUCUCUCGUGGUGGUUCCUUAUAACCAGCAACUAUUUCUUCUACGGAGAAUCACUAGUGGCUGAUUACUUCAGUGUUAUCUUUUCCAAAAGUGAUUUCAUGCGCUGGCUGAUUGCCUACCAUCGGUUUACAUCGUUCACCAUGUACAUCAUUGGCUUUGUUUGGUUUGUCUUAUCCCUCAAGAAGAGAUACUACAUGCGCCAGUUCUCCUUGUUUGCUUGGACGCACGUGGCCCUGCUGAUAGUCGUGACUCAGAGCUAUCUCAUCAUCAUCAACAUCUUCCACGGCAUGAUCUGGUUCAUUGUCCCCGUCUCCAUGAUUGUCAUCAACGACGUCAUGGCCUACAUGUUUGGGUUCUUCUUCGGCAAGACGCCACUGAUCCAGCUGAGCCCAAAGAAGACCUGGGAAGGUUUCAUUGGUGGAGGCUUUUCAACGAUUAUCAUGGGUAUGCUG